UAUUCAGUUUUAACUAUAGCGUUGCUAUUCUGUCGAUUUACUCCUGGAUCAACUUCUUGUUUACCCGGCUGCUCUUGCACAAAUGACAACUUGGGAAGAUCCCUACUUUGCAUGGAAACAGCCAUGGGACGAAUCCCAGACAAUGUUCCAAAUGAUUUCAGUAAAAUUCGAAUAGAGAAUUCUCAUCUGACCGAAUUACCCCGCGGCUCCUUCUCUAAAGUUAGUGCCUUGGUGUCUCUAUGGUUGAAUUUCAACGACAUCACCCUAAUGAACAUCAAGAGCCUGGAGGGGCUGACGAAUCUAACCGAACUACGGCUACAGGGGAACAAGCUGCGUUCAGUCCCAUGGACAGCGUUCCAGGAUACGCCGAACCUGAAGAUUUUGGACCUGAAACAUAACCGACUAGACGUGCUCCCGGAAUCUGCCCUGAGACAACUUCCAGGCCUGACCUAUUUAGACUUAUCCUUCAAUCAGCUUACCGUCAUAUCCAGGGAUGUCUUCCUCAACUGGCCUCUCCUCAACACCCAGGAGAGAAAAGGAGGUACAGAGCCCAGCAGUGGAGAGGCCAACGUUGUUUUAGCGCUGCACGACAACCCUUGGCUGUGUGACUGCCGUCUCAAAGGUUUCGUAGAGUUUAUCAAAAGUGUUAGUCCGCCUCUAAUUCUGAUGAACUCGUACCUGAUGUGCACGGGCCCCAGUUCCAGAGCGGGAAAGUUCUUCCACGAAGUCGGUUUGAAAACAUGCAUGAAGCCCGAGGCCUCAGCCUCAGAAAGCAACAUGACGGUGUCACUGGGGGACAAGGUAACCCUCCGGUGCUUAGUCAAAGCCAGGCCUGACCCCGCCAUCCACUGGUCAUACAGCCUGAAGAUUAUACGGGGAUUUACUGUCUCAGAGACCCGUGUGGACGAUGAGACCAUCAGAUCUCAGCUGGUCAUCCCAUCCCUUCACCUGGCGGACCGAGGCGCUUACACCUGCUUCGCCAACAACUUCAUAGGCAACUCCUCCAUCAGUGUCCUGGUCAACAUCAAGUCUUUCAACGCCUCCUCCUCCUCCGUUGGUGCCGCCAUGUCUCUACCCCCGUUCCCCCUGGCCUCAGCCGACGAGAACGUCUACAUUGACAUACGCAUCUCCAAGCAGACGGUCUACGGCAUCACUCUGGAGUGGUACGCGGCGAUGGACAACCCUGCAGAGACCUGGUUCACCGUCCACUUGGGGAAAUACCACUCUGACAAAAAGGAGUUGACAUACAUCGGGCCGGGCAUCAACACCUAUUCGGUCAACGACCUCCUACCGGUUACUAAAUACGAGGUGUGUGUAACGCUGAAGAACCAGAUGCCCCGCGCAGGCCAGUGCAUCGUGUUUGUAACAGGAAGUGACAUCAGUCAGCUGGAACAACGGGAGAAGCUCAUCCAUAUUAUCGUGAUCGUGUGCGCCAUGGUGCUGGCGGUGCCCGUGGGAAUGUACGCCUGCACCACCGACACCAGAUGUAAGUUCAGCUGCCUGGACCGCUGUACGGAGCAGUGUAAGAGGAGGAGGAGGCAGGAGAAGACCCUGAGAACCAAUGGGGAGAGACAGGGGACCUUCGACAGCCUCCAGGCCGCCAGCGAUGAAGGACUCUGUGGAGACUCUGAAGAGGUGAUGAAGAAGAGGAGUAAGUCCUCAGACGAAAAAAACAACCACAGGGGAAAAGCACAAGAUCUCCCAGAGACAACCACUGGAGCAAAGCUAUAUUAG